GUUAUUUGAUGCAACAAGGACACAAACGUCUGCAGGACCAGAAUGGCUUCCUACUUUGACGAACACGACUGUGAGCCGACCAACCCUGAGGAGCAGUAUCGUCAGAACGCUCUGCUGGAGCUGGCCAGGUCUUUAAUGCAGGGAUUGGACUUAUUUGACUCAGGAACCUUCGACAUGUCGGACUGGGACCAGCGGCUUCCUCCUCCCGCCGCCAAAACUGCUGUUCAAACGCUCACUAUAGUCGUCAUUUCUCCAGAGCAAGCAGACAAAGGUCUCAAAUGUCCCGUCUGUUUGCUGGAGUUCGAGGAACAAGAGACGGUGAGAGAAAUGCCGUGCAAACACCUUUUCCACGCCGGCUGCAUCCUGCCCUGGCUCGGCAAGACCAACUCGUGCCCGCUCUGCCGACUGGAAUUACCAACCGACAAUCCCGAGUACGAGGAGUUCAAGAAGGACAAGGAGAGGAAAAAACAGAGAGAGCACCGACUAGAAGAUUUACACGGAGCCAUGUACACAUGAUGCAGCAGCUUUCCACUUUGAGAGCAAUUUUAAAUACAGGAUCAGAACAAUUUAAAAGUAUAAAAAUACUCUAUUGUCCAAAAGGAUUUUUAGCACCAUAGCUGCACAAAAAAAGGAAAAGGCAUAAUAUUCAAGUAAAAUAAAAUGUUCAGAAAUGUGCCUCAGUGAAAAUAAUUUAAUUUAGUCUUAAUCUGAUUAUUAUAUUAGAUCAUCUUGAGUAAUGGGGGAGUUUCCUGUUCUGGUCUGGUGUGAUUUACAGCACAAGCAACAUCACUGAAUGUUUAAGGCACUUAUCACGUGCUAAAAUGAAGAAAAAUGUUGCUGACAGCAGCACUAUAUUAUAUCUAUAUUAUUUAAAUUUAAGCUGAAAGUACAACCAUUUAACCACUCGUCAAAUUAACGAGAAAUAUUUUAAAAAGUAGGAUUACUCAAAUACCUUUUUAAGAUGA